UCCCUCUCUCUCUCUCUCUCUAUGAAUCAAACAGAAAUUUAACUACUACACAUAUACAUACAUGUAUAUCUAUAUAUAUAUAUAUAUCGCUAAGCCAUAGAGUCUCUUUCCCAAACUACUUUUUGGCUAAAAACACUAUUGCAUGACAAUCUUCCUCCCAUUCUCACCCACAAGUUCUCCUGGUGUUUCUCUUAAUUGUUGAUCUUCUUCUAUCUUCAUAUCUCAACUUUGGAUUAAUCAAUAUGGACAGACGUCGCCGGAAGCAACCAAAGCCACAAAAUUGUUGUUGCUCUGAAGAGGUGAGCAGUAUUGAAUGGGAGUUCAUAAAAAUGAGUGAACAAGAAGAGGAUCUCAUUUACAGGAUGUACAAGCUUGUUGGAGACAGGUGGGCAUUGAUAGCCGGACGAAUUCCAGGGCGGAAAGCGGAAGAAAUAGAGAGGUUUUGGUUAAUGAGACACAACGAAGGGUUUAGCAGCAGAGUAAAAAGAGUUAAACAAGUGUCACAUAAUUAAUUUCUUCUUAAUUAAUGCUUUUUUCAACUGUAUUUCAACUUUCUCUUCCAUUUCUUCCUUUCUCUACUGCUACAUUUCUAUUUCUCUUUCUCUUUCUCUUUCUUUCAUGGUUUGUUGAGACAAUCGAAUUUAGUUGAGACAUUAUUUUCCUCUCAUCAAAA